AUGGAUGAGAACAGUGCCCUGGUCUGCACAGGCAAGAAGACUGCUGGAGACCUGACAGGACAAAGGCUCACCCAGUUCCCUGGUUCCUCAGAGAAAGUCUUCCCGGACAGAGCAACAGAGAGGAGCCUGGAAACAAGGAAGGGACAGUACUGCAGAGCACAUUUGAGAGUAGAAAAAUACUUUCGGUUCUCUUUUCCCCAUUUGGGCGGAGCCCUCUGGGAGUUAGAGUUCAGGCUGACUUCCUGCUCUCAGCUGUGGGCCACAACUCAGGGUCUGGAAGCCUGUGAGGAGACCAAGGAUCAGAGCUCACCCUUCUAUGACCCUGGCAGGAGUUGGGAGACAGAAGGUGGCAGCUUCAGCAACAGGAUGUCUACAGGACACAAGGACACAGAAUCUAUAUUCCUGCUCUUCAGAAUACUUAAAUUGGACAUUUCAAGUGCAAUAAAAGAUUUAUUUCCUUUUCUAGAGGUCCUCCGUGACUACAAUGUCAUCAGCAAUAAACAGUAUGACGAUUUUCAAGAAUCCCGUGCAAACCUGAUCCCUGUACGAAAAGUGGUCUACAGAGUCUUGGAAGAAAUGGAAAAGAAACAUGACCUGGAGGUUCUAGGGUCUUUGUUCUGUAAGCAAAAUAUGGAGGCAUACCCUGAUUUGGAACGCAUUUUUCAAAGAUUUAAAAAUGUCUUACCACAGAACGAAUUGCGGUCCGAAGAAAUUGAAAGAAGGGACACGAACUCACAGCUCAGUGUUGAACAAGGACCUGGUAACAGCUGUUCUCAAGAAAGCCUGACCUGGUCACCCUCAGGUCCCUCCUCAUCUGAUGGCUGGAGAAGUAACAAUGGAAGAAAUACCACCCUCAGCCAGGGAAAUCAAACUGAGAAUCAUCAAUUCCCCAUCCCCCAGAUUCACAAUGUUGUGAGUUUACCUGAAAAUGGACUCUCAGAAGACCUCAAUGAAAUAAUACACGUGAAAGAAGAUACCACCAGUGACGACAUUGAUGGACUGCAAAAGCCCCAAGCAACCGUACUAAAAGGCCCAGGUUCUGAGUCGGAGGAGUCCUGUGAACUAGAAGUCCAACUGAGUGACAGAGAUGCAGGCCUGGAGCCUCACAUCCCAUUGCCCUGCAGCAACGAAAGAGCAGCGAUACCCAGCCAUGGGAUCCACACUAGCCCCUGUUCUGUGCCUAUGGAAAAUAUAAAGCAAGAAAAUUCUUCAUUUUUUUUGGAUGAUGAACAUCAGACCCAUGCAAGGACCGACCACAAUGAGGACUCUGAGAUAAUAGACCUUACCAAAGAUAAUUCUGACAAUGGACACAGACGCUCAGAGGAAUCCACCUCAGUCACCGGGCAGUCAAGUAAAAAGACAGACAGAAUUGGAAAAUAUGUAAUUCGGAACUUCAAAAUGCCAAUGGACACAAGCUGGAUAAAAGCUUACACAGGGAGACGUAUCAACAGUUCUUCACGAAGAGGCAGAAUAAGAGGUCCAAGAAUUCCCAAACAAAAGAAUGUGGAUUUUAGCCUUCCUAAGCUUCCAGUGACCUGUGGUACUGCUAAGGGGACUCUGGAUGUGGAGAAAUUUAAGAAAAGCAUCCAUGAGAAGAGUAUACAGAGUGAGACUGGACGUUGGUUGACUCCCAGGGACUUUGAAAUCAAAGGAGAUCGCAAAGACUCCAAGAACUGGAGGCAAAGCCUACGUUGCUAUGGAUGGACCCUGGGAGAGUUGAUAAAGAAAGGAUCUCUACCAAACCCACAAAGGAAAAAGGAAAAGCUGGAAAAUUCAAAACAGUGUAUGGUAUGCGGCAGACGACGGAAAUUGUGUCCUUGUGAUAGUUGUAGAAAAUUCUAUCAUAAGAAUUGCCACAUCCCACCUGUGGAAAACAAGAGUGGCCCAUGGAGUUGUGUCUUCUGCAAGAUAAAGGAUCAGGCAAAGUGCCAAGAAAACCAAGCAUUUCAUACGGAAUCUGAGGUCCUGAAGAGGAAGAUGUUGCCUGAGGAGCAGCUGAAAUGUGAGCUGCUUCUCUUGACUGUCUAUUGCCAUUCAAAAAGUGUCUUUUUUAAACUCAAACCAAAGGAAAGGAAAGAAGACUUUCCAGCCCUCCAGGAACACAUGUGGUUAGACAAAAUCAAGAAGAAGCUGAACAAUAAGGCAUAUCACUUGGUACAACAUUUUGUUGCAGACAUGCGCCUCAUCUUUCGGAACCACAGCAUGUUUUAUAAAAAUCACAGGUACAGCAACCAUGGAGUCAAGGUAGGAAGUCUAUUUGAGGAGACUUUCAAAAGAACUUUUUCAAUCCAAAGUACAAGCAAAUAACAUCAGACGUGUAACGUGUAAGCACACCGGUGGUUUUGUUCUCGAAGUCCUUUGUAUUCCGUCCAUCACCCAUCCCUCCAGCCAUCAACUGCACAGUGCUCAGAGAGCCCACCCUCCCUUCUGCCCUUCUGUGUAUACGCCCUGCCAUACUUCUGCUUCUGACUUUCUGUGUUGUCCUUCCUGUUCCUGUUUAUUUACCUUCCUAAAUAAAACUCAACUUUUACAAUGUA